AUGAAAAUUCCAUCUGAAAGGGGGACAUCGUCUCCGUCUUUGGAAUUCGUUGAUGCCCGCGCCGAGCGGCGCUUGCUCUGGAAGCUUGACCUCUGUGUUUUACCCAUUCUUUUCAUCGUUUACAUGAUGUCCUUCCUGGAUCGCAUCAACAUCAGCAAUGCCCGAAUCCAGGGCUUAACGGAGGAGUUGGGCCUCACCGGAACCCGGUUCAACGUUGCACUAUUCGUCUAUUUUAUCCCAUAUAUACUGCUUGAAGUUCCCAGCAACAUGAUUCUACGAAAGAUCAGACCGUCGUGGUAUAUUUCCAUGCUAAUGUUCUGUUGGGGCAUCACCAACAUGUGCAUUGGCUUCGUCCGAUCAUAUGAGGCCUUGGUGAUCCUGCGAUUCUUCCUCGGCGUAUUCGAAGCCGGCGUCCUACCGGGUAUUAUCUAUCUGAUAUCAAUGUACUAUAAACGGCACGAGCUACAGACACGUAUGAGCUUGGUCAUUUGUUCUACACUCAUUGCUGGCGCGUUUGGUGGUUUGCUUGCUUAUGCUAUUGCUAAACUCGGAGGAUUACGCGGAUACGCUGCGUGGCGAUGGAUAUUCAUCAUUGAAGGCGCGGCAACCGCAUUCAUUGCCAUCAUUGCCACGUUCCUUAUUGUCGACUGGCCAGAGCAGUGCCAAUUCCUCUCAGAACCUGAAAAGGCCCUCCUGAGACGCAGGUUGGCUGAAGACGGUGCCUAUCCAGCCCGCAUGGACACGCUGAAUCGCUUCGCCUACAAGCUCAUCUUUUCCGACUGGAAGAUCUGGCUUGGCUCGAUCAUGUACAUGGGAAUCGGAACCACUGGUUAUGCAACAACGUUCUUCAUGCCCACAAUCCUGCUCGAGUUUGGCUGGAAGGAAGAAGAAGCCCAAAUCCGCACGAUGCCCGUCUAUGCCGUUUCGGCUGCUGGUAUGCUCAUUGUGGCCUAUCUGUCGGACAAGCUCCGUCACAGGUACAGCUUUGUUAUGCUUGGCUGCUUCGUCUCAACAGCCGGCUACAUUAUGCUGCUGAACCAGCACAACCUGUCUCGAGAUACCAAGUUUGCAGCCGUUUUUCUGGUUUGCUUGGGUGGCUAUGCAAACAACUCCAUGGUUCUAACCUGGCUGGCCAACAACGUAUCGGGUCACUGGAAGCGGGCCUUCAGCUCGGGUAUUCAGAUUACUCUCGGCAACAUCGCUGGCCUCAUCGGCACCAACAUAUUUCUUUCCAGCGAAGCGCCUAGGUAUCCAACGGGAUACGGGACGGCUCUCGGCAUGCUGUGGUUAGGCGGAAUUAGCGCUACAGCUCUUUUCAUCGGGAUCCUGCUGGAAAACAGGAAGCGUGACUUGGGGAAGCGGGGUUACAGACUUCACCAGACGGAAGAGGAGGUCAAGAACAUGGGAGAUUACCACCCCAGUUUUCGCUUCACCACUUGA